AAACAAAGAAAAUCAAGAAGGUGGAUAAGCUUAGAGUCAAAAGCAGCCACUGCGAUUGAAAAAGUCUAGCAAUAAUUAACUCAAAAACAAUAAAUGAAAAUCCAAAAAAAAAAUCUCUUUAUAUAGCCAUAUCUAGCUUCUAAAUUUUCCACAAAAUCAGAAGAAAAAUGAAUAUUUGGACAUUUACUAUUUUGUCUCUUUUCUUUGGAGCAGUCAUAGGUGAGCAAUGCGGAAGACAAGCUGGGGGUGCCCUUUGUCCAGGGGGUUUAUGUUGCAGCCAAUUUGGUUGGUGCGGUAACACCGAUCAAUACUGUGGUGCCGGCUGCCAAAGCCAGUGUGGUGGUGGCGGAGGUGGUGGUGGUGGUGGUGGUGGAGACCUUGGUAGUGUCAUCUCACGGUCCACAUUUGAUCAACUGCUGAAGCAUCGAAAUGAUAAUGCUUGUCCUGCCAAGGGAUUCUACAGUUAUGAUGCUUUUAUUUCUGCAGCCAAGUCUUUUCCUGGUUUUGGAACCACCGGUGAUGCUGCCUCACGUAAAAAGGAGAUUGCUGCUUUCUUCGGCCAGACGUCUCAUGAAACUACCGGAGGGUGGCCCAGCGCUCCUGACGGUCCAUACGCCUGGGGAUAUUGCUUUAAUAGAGAGCGAAGUCCUGCAACUUAUUGUUCACCCACUUCUACUUAUCCAUGCGCUCCUAACAGGCAAUAUUACGGUAGAGGUCCUAUGCAACUUACAUGGAACUACAAUUAUGGGCAGUGCGGAAAAGCCAUAGGAGUAGAUCUUCUGAACAACCCGGACCUUGUUGCUACUGAUGCAGUCAUUUCAUUUAAAGCAGCAAUAUGGUUCUGGAUGACUCCGCAAUCGCCAAAACCAUCGUGCCAUGACGUUAUUACUGGUCGUUGGUCUCCGUCUGGAGCCGACAGGUCCGCGGGCCGACUUCCAGGUUAUGGGGUGCUCACAAACAUCAUCAACGGUGCCCUUGAAUGCGGUCGGGGAUGGGACGCAAGGGUUGACGAUCGCAUCGGGUUCUAUAAGCGCUACUGCGACCUAUUUGGAGUUGGAUAUGGUGACAAUCUGGACUGCUAUAAUCAAAGAUCAUUUGGGAAUGGAAUUGUGGAAUUGGUUGAUUCCAUGUAAUUUUACACUGUUGAAGAUUAUGACUCUAAGAGAAGAGAACAAAUAAUGGCACACUGUUAAAGUGUAUGCCUGGUGUUUCAAUAAAAAAUGCAGCUUAUAUGCAUAUCUUAUUUUUAUUCUGUAUUUUAAUAAGUUCAAUCAUAUCCUAACAAUUUUCACAGAUGCUACAUAAUUGGGCUUAUAUGCAUUAUUUUA